AAUUCAAGUUCAAACGACGGCGUUGCGUCAUUUUCUCCUCUGCUUAUGCUCAAGUUACUCUCACAGACAAUUAGCGGACUGGUGCACCUUUACCAAAUGAUUUAUGGCGCGCACGGAGAGGAAGAGAGAAUUCGGACUCAAUCGCAGGGCCGUCGGAAAUGGGAAACCCUUGUUGUUCAGUUUUGUUGUUGGAUUCACAUUAUUGUGCGACAGAUUCGUAGAGGUUGGUGCUUCAAUCCACGAGUAUCGAAACGACGUUUUCAUCCCCAAGUCAAAUGCUUUCUUCUUCCAUGGCGGCAGUGAAGGUCUUUUCGCUUCUAAGCUUCACGAUUCUUCUUCUCCAAAUACCAGUGACAAAUCCCUCAAGGGCAAGUCCUUUAUCAGGUUUGAAACCGUUACUUUCUUGAGGACGAAAGAAUCAGCUAGUCAGACGCAUGAAAUGCAGCAAUUUACUGGAUUGGUGGAGGCCAUCAUUCUCGAGGUUAAAGAUAGGGAGCGAAUUGGAGGCUCUUCCCUAAAGUCAGAUAUGAUAUGCUGCACACGCAGUCUUCACGAUGCUGGACAUUGCAAGUCAGGUGAGGUUAUUAUCAAUGAAAACCAUGACAACCCUGGCUGGCCUAAACGCAUCAAGACAUUCUUUGUUGGGAAAGAUGAAACUGCUGUCAUUCCACCUCAGACUAUUGAAAUUAACAGUACUGGGAUGUACUACCUGUAUUUUAUGUUUUGCGAUCCACAACUCAAGGGCACAACAAUUGAAGGAAGGACGGUGUGGAGGAAUCCAGAUGGCUAUUUACCAGGGAAGAUGGCUCCUCUAAUGAAAUUUUACGAAUUCAUGUCUUUAGCAUAUCUUUUGCUUGGCCUGAUCUGGUUUCUAUGGUUUGUUAAGUAUUGGAAGGAUGUUAUACAGCUACAUUACCACAUUACAACGGUUAUUGCUCUUGGAAUGUGUGAAAUGGGUGUAUGGUACUUUGAAUACUCCAACUUUAAUUCAACUGGAAGCAGACCGAUGGGAAUUACUAUAUGGGCAGCAACCUUUACAUCCGUGAAGAAGACAUUGUCUCGUCUCCUUCUUCUAGUUGUCUCAAUGGGCUAUGGAGUGGUGAGGCCAACCCUAGGUGCCAUAACUUUAAAAGUGCUUCUUCUUGGUUUUGUGUAUUUUGUUACAUCUGAGGCGCUUGAGCUUGUGGAACAUCUAAGUAACAUCAAUGAUUUCUAUGGAAAAGCAAGGUUGUUUCUGGUUCUACCUGUUGCUUUCUUGGAUUCAUUCUUUAUAAUCUGGAUCUUCUCGUCUUUGUCACGGACGUUAGAAAAACUUCAGAUAAGGAGGAAUAUGGCUAAGCUGGAGUUAUAUAGAAAAUUUACCAAUUCCCUUGUUCUAUACUUCAAUGCAACUGAUCCAUUAAGUGAGCUAUGGAAAAUUGCUUGGAUCAUUCCAGCUUUCUGGACUUUCAUGUCAUUUUGUCUCUUGGGCGUGAUCUGUUUACUCUGGGCUCCAUCAAGUAACCCCACAAGGUAUGCAUAUUCAGAGGAGACAGGUGAAGACUUGGAAGAAGAAGGUAUUUGUUUGACCAGCGGAGGGGAUAUGGCUUCUAAACUGGAAAGGAAAGAAAGGAAGGGACUAAUAAUUACGAGCGAUCAUUUAUAUGGGCAUGGGGAAGAUACUGAGGAGGACAAACGAGAAUAAGUGUGGUUUUGUUUUACUCUGGGCU